UAGGUUGCGGAUUGUGGAAAUGAUGACUCUGCGUUGGAAAGGCCAUCAAAAGAGAUCCUGAAACGUGUAAAUGUGAGCGUGCAAGCUCACAUAUGAAUACUAGCUAGAUUAAAAUCUGUUAGAAGUUUUUGUAAGUCGACAGAACGUAGAAAAGCGACAAUAUGAAAACGAAUUUGUUGAAUUCUAAACAGCUGGUGGUAGAAAUCCUAACGCGUGCAGUUUUAUUGCUGCUGUACUUCAUAGUCGAUUUCGUGGAGCCAUUUCGGCGAAAAAUACAGCCGGAGGAGGAGUGGUUGUACAAGUUUCCGAGAACAGAGAGCUACGUAACAACAACGUCCCUCUGGGUGAUAGUGUUUACAUUCCCAGUAGUGGUGAUCUUAACCGUCUACCUGUACAUCAAGGACAAGGGUGACCUAAUCCAAGCAACUUUAGGGCUAAGCCUGGCGCUGUGCUUGAAUGGCAUCAUCACCAACGUGAUCAAGGUGAGCGUAGGAAGGCCGAGGCCAGAUUUCUUUUUCCGUUGUUUCCCGGACGGGGUCGGGAGUCUGUCACGUCCCUGCACGGGCCCUGACAGAGAUGUUGUAGAGGGUCUCAAGAGUUUUCCAAGUGGACAUUCCUCUUUUUCAUUUACGAGCCUCGGAUUCACGGCGCUAUACUUGUUUGGUAAGCUGGGAACAUUCCAAACGAACAAGAGGCAACAGGCAUGGCGACUGGUGCUCCCAGCUUCCCUCCUGCUCUGGGCCGUAACUGUGGCAGUGAGUCGGACGUGCGACUACCAUCACCACUGGCAGGAUGUAUUGGCCGGCUCGUUACUGGGACUCUCGGUCGCUUUCCUCUGUUACCGGCAAUACUACCCGAGCCUCGUACACCUCUACUGUGAUAAGCCGUACACGCAGUUGCCUUGCGGCCUGCAAUCUGCAACAGGAUGGGUACACAGCAAAGACCAAGAUCCGAGCGUUAAAUGGAUCUGAGCUGAACGAGGAAGAUUGUGUUAUAUGCGGCGAACAAAAAAGAGAGAGAAAGGAAAAAAAAAAAAACAGUUUUUAUUUCCACA